UGAGCCCGAGCGCCAUGGAGUCGCCCUGGACCAAGGACGGCACGUACAUCAUCGAGGCCACGCGCAAGGCGCACGCCUGCUGCAAGUCGUGCGACGCCACCAUCGAGGCCGGGCGCCUGCGCGUGGGCGUGGUCUAUCAGCACCGCAACGGCUUCGUGUGCAUCAACUGGCACCACGUCGAGUGCUACAAGGCUGUGCGCCAGAUCCCGCUCAAGUGCCUCGAGGGUUACAGCGACCUGGACCCGCAGCAGCAGAAGCUGGUCGAGAGCUGCCACCUCGUCGACCUCCACGAGCCGCACUUCCUGCCCGAGGCCCGCACUUGCUCGGCCUAAUGUUGCGGCGGCUGAAGCAGCCUCGGUGGCGCUGGCGACUGACCGACCGCCCUCUGUAUUGUUCGUCCCCCACCUCGCGAGUUUUUGACGUGACGGCGUUGGCCCCCGGAUCCUGCGUGGCAAGCCGAGCUACAUGUGCACUGUAGUAGACCGCGCACCUAUUUAAGUAUCAAUAUGAACCACCCCACCACUGUCCAUCCAAA